AUGCGCGCCCUCCUCCCCGCGGUGCCCCUGCUGCUGCUGGGGACGCUCCGGGCCUUCCCGCAGGAGCUAUCCCAGAAGUCCAGUUGUGCCGGAGACCCCAGCUUCUACCAUGACCAGGCUUCAGGGAAGUGCUGUUACCGCUGUCCUUCGGGCUGGUCCCAGUUGAGGCCCUGCCCGCAGAGGUCUGCGGACUGCAGGAAGCAGUGUGAGCCCGAUUACUACCUGAAUGAGGCGGGCCGCUGCACGGCCUGUGUCAGCUGUUUGAGAGAUGACCUUGUGGAGAAGGCGCCGUGCGUUGGGAACUCCUCCCGCGUCUGCGAGUGCCGCCCUGGCAUGUUCUGUACCACCUCAGCCACCAACUCCUGCGCCCGCUGCUCCCCUCACUCCGUCUGCCCUGCGGGGUGGGUGGUCCAGGUCCCAGGCACAGCAGAAAAGGACACUGUUUGCCAGCAGCCUCCCCUCCCUGGCUCCAGCGACACCAACCCACAGGACUCCAAGACCCCCACCAGCUCUGCUCCCCCGGCCGCUGCCAGGACCUCCCAUCCCUGGAGGAGCAGCGCCCUCCGGCUGGGAGGGACGGCCAGUCUCGCGAGGACUCCCAGAUCCCAACCAGGUAUGGCCGAAAGAGACACGACCUUGGAGCCGCUUCCCUUGGGGACCUCCCCAGACUACAGCACCCCCCAAAACAGCAAGACACCUGCCAGCACCACCCUGAGCCCGCUGCUGGAGUCCAAGACCAGCAGGACCGUGUUGAUCUCCACCCGCUCUCUCCCCUCCACCCGGAAACCCAUUCUGAAUGCAGCUGUAAAAUGGAAGCGCAGGGGCAGUGCAGCGAGUGGCCAGUACCUCACCCUGUAUGUUGGAGGCUCUUUGCUACUGCCCAGGGAGCUGUGUGGGGUGCUCUGGGCUCUCCUGAGGGGUUACAAGCCCCCCACCCUGCCCAGAGGGAGCCUCCAGGCUCUGAACCAAGAUGGGCGUAGACACAGUGACGAUGCCAGACCUGCCAGGACCCUGUCAGAGUCAACAAGAAUAUCGGUGACCGAGUUUGGCCCGGGCUCGCUGAGCACAGCCAGCCCCCCAGCCGUGGAGCUGAGUCCCCCUGUCGGGGCAGCUUGCCUGGAGAGCCUGCCACUGCUGGACGCCAGCCUGGCCGAGGGACCCUCCGUGCCCAGGGACUCUCUGGAGCCCCGUGUGUCCACAGAGCACACGAAUAACAGGAUUGAGAAAAUCUACAUCAUGAAGGCCGACACCGUGAUUGUGGGGACCGUGAAGACUGAGGUACCCGAGAGCCGAGGUCUGGGGGGGCCGGGGGAGCCCGAGCUGGAAGUGGACCACGCACCGCACUUCCCGGAGCAGGAGACGGAGCCACCUCCGGGCAGCGGUGAGGACGUCAUGUUCUCCGUGGAGGAGGAAGGGAAGGAGGACUCCGGGCCCAUGACCAUGUCUGGGAAGUGAGGCCCGGGCAGCUGAGUGCCCCUUGAGGUCAGGGAGAUGGAGGCCGGUGGGGCGUGAACGGAAGCACUGGGCACUUGGGAUGGACCCGGGUGGGCAUCCUGGCUUGUGUUCUUGCCUGACACCAGGAACUCAUAGUCAGGACAGCACCCACCCAAGGAGGGGCCGUGAGGUUGGCUCCAUGUCCCUCGCCAGCACCCCUGUGGCCUCUCCUCUCUCCCUGGGCCUCCAUGGUAACAGCCUCCAGGCCUUGCUGGUGUGUCGCCAGCCCCCAGUUACUAUGCACAUGGCCAGGGUGGGUGCAGAGCCCGGCC